AUGUCGAUGCCACCUGUACCUCCCCGACCCCAGCGGACGUCGGUCAAGCAAGGGAUGCCCCAAAUACCACCGCGCCCCGUCCGCAAGCUCGACCCGUCUCCUCAGCGAGAUGACUCCACCCGCUCGCCUUUCAACAUCAUGCCAAACGCCAAUGGCAGCGCCUUUGCACCUCCGAGUGCGCCUGAGCCGUCAGACGAGGCGCCACGCCGACCUCCGAGCGUAUCUCUGCCGGCACACGUUGGGGACGAGGGCAUUGAAUACAGCAGCUACGAUCAGCUGCCAGCAGAAGCUCGUGGUGCGGCGGCCACUGCACCAGAACAGACCAAAAACGUGGCAGCGGAUGUUCCGUUGCACCAGCCCAAGGCUUCCGUGCCUCAGUCAACUGCCACCAGCCGUAUCUCUGCGGUCACCAGCACCGAUUCAACGACUGCUGCCGCAGCUGGUAUCGGCAAGUCCCAGCCGGACGACGACGUACAUAAGGAUCCGCUGAGUCGCGUGACCAGCAGGACCCAUGAUGACCGUCCUCGUCGUGCUCCUUCGACAGAGCCGCAUUCGCUGAGGACGCAGCCGAGCUUUACCCGCUCGACUUCGAGUCUGCAGAAUGGCCGCCCGCCAAGUAUGCACAGCAUGGACCACCAUGAAGACAUUCCCAGGAUUGGGCAGCAGAUUCCACUGUAUCCUAAUGCUGGUGAUGUGCAAGCUCCUUCCCCGGCGCCCACGCAGUCUCAGUUCAGCCAAGGUAUUGGUUUCUUCAAUGAUGGCGGCCAGCGUAACCAUCACCGCAAGAGGAGCUCAAGACAAGAGUUCGGUCCAGAAGGCAGCUAUGGUCUCCACCACGGCAGUCAAGAGUAUCAGGAUCAGUUCGAAAAGGCGUGGGUCGCGAAACAUCCCAAUGAAGCUGCCAAGGAAGGAUAUAAUCCGUACAUGCUUCGCCCGGAGACCGCGUUGAGCAGCGAUCAGCUCAAUCGCAUAGUCUCGAACGAGGCAGACAUUGGCAUGGGUACAUCGCCAACCGCCAUCGGUACACCUACUCAAAACUUCGCUGCCGAGGCUACCACGGCGUUCAUCUCUCGCAACAACUCCGCCGCACCGUCGCCCAUGCCCAUGCAAGAACUGCCGCUCCGCAAAGUGCCAUCACGUGACCAACAUCUGCCUUCUCUGGAAUCGUCCCUUCGCAAGCAGAGCUUCCCUUUCAACGAGACUUCGCAUUUGCAUGGAAAUAACGAAAACGAGGUGUACCACCUUGAUCCACGAGAUCGCAUCACGAAUAAGGUUACCGGAGGUGGUCCGGUGGACAAUGCAAUCGAUCUAGGUCCUCAAGGUGGCAAUACCGAGGCACGUGGCGGAUGGUUUGUCGAGACUGGAGAAGGCAUCCCAAUCCUUGCUUCGGACGAGCUUCAGAAGAGACCAAGUAGCGCCUUCCUGCAACCGGCCGUGGACCCUGAGGAUGUGUCUUAUUCUGAUGACCACUACGACAGCGACGAUUACGGCCGUAGGAGGAGUCUUAGUCGUCCCACCAGUAGACCCGGCAGUGUGCACGGUAGCUAUCAAGGCGGCCCUCUGCAUCGCUUCGUUUCGCAUGAGGACCACCAUGGUUCUGGUAUGGGUACACCACUUGAGGAAAUCGAGGAGUAUGAGCCACUCUUCCCAGAGGACGAAAAGGAUGACGGUCGGCCGAGACUCUUCAAGAAGAAGCGGCCAGAUUUGUCUAGACAUCACUUCCCUAGUCAAGAUGUCUGGGAGGACACACCGAACUCGCUGCAGUACCAGGCGACCGUGCAGACACCGGAGCCGCCGCAAGCGGCACGGGCACCGCCACCAGCUGAGGGCAUUGAUCCAGGAAAGGUGUUCGAGACGCCCGAACAAGAAGAGGCGAGGAAGACGCAGAAUCCCGCCGACAUGACUAGCGAUAGCAAGACCUUUGCUAAACCACACUUUAAAGCCGGUGUAAUGGAUGAUCUGCACGCUGGACGACCUGGUGUGCAGCGAUUUCCAAGCUCCGAUAUCUGGGAAGAUACGCCUGAUAGCAUGCGCCUCGAGACGACCGUGAGCUCACCGCAGAUGGAUGAAGUCAGGAGUCCUCCCGAGGAUCGACCCACAACUACUGCUAUACCACACCAGCAGGAUGAUGCGGAAGCAAGGAGUACGACUGGCUACACACAGGUCCACCGUCCUAGUAUACCUUCUCGUCCUCAGCGCAGGAGUGGGUUGGCACAAGAAAUGAAGCCGGAUGAGGAUACACGUCAAAGGGAAGUGCCCGAUCUUGGCACGAACGAGGAGCAGGUCAUUGAUCGAUCAAGACCUACUAUCACAGACAGGCCUAAGCCUACUGUACCUGCUCGCCCUGCAAGACAUGGUGACCAUGCCGAUGGUGCACCUCUAGCCAAGUCACUCUCGGGCGCAAGCGACGAGGCAGUCACGUCGCCACCAGAGAAGAAGGCCAAGCCUGCCGUACCUGCAAGACCAGCUGGUAGCAAGAUCGCAGCAAUGCAGGCUGGAUUCAUGAACGACCUCAACGCUCGUCUCAAGCUCGGCCCACAGGGUCCACCAAAAUCCCAGGAACCCGACGCUGAGGUCAAUGAUGUACCCAAGGAGCCUUUGGUGGAUGCACGAAAGAGCCGUGCUAAAGGCCCAGCAAGGCGUAAGCCAGCGAGUGCUACAGAGUCUUUUGGAUUCUCUUUCUGCUCACCCAUGACGCUCUGGCAGAUCGAUGAGACUGAUGAGCUGAAAGUUGCGCCUAGUGAGGCUGCUGCAUCGGCAGCAUCUCAUGCGCAGCCAUCGGCCGAGACGAACGCGCAGCUCGAAAGAGUCUUGUCCGAGAACGAGGAGAAAAAUACGCAGGAGCCACCUAUGCAUAUCAAAUCAGACAGCAUGUCUGAAGACCGCUCAGCCGCUGCUCAUACACAUGAAGCUAUUGGGGCAGAAGGCGAUAAGCCACUUUCCGGUGUCUCGUCGGCUGUAAUUGACGAGCACAGCCAAGUUCAACCUGGCCUGGAGAAGUCGCUGGCUCAUGCCGAGGCCGCGCCGGCGAAUGCAGAGGAAGUACAGAAGCAUGAUGAGAAGACCAUGGCAUCUUCAGCUAUGCAGACUGGACAGAAGAACAUGGAAAUUACGUCGCCUGAGGCAGAGAAGCAGAGACUUACGGCUUAUGUUGGUGGCGAGGCGCAGCAGGAGGGUGAUGUUGUCCUGGAGGAGUAG